GAAGGUCCCGGGAUGCAACCAAGGGGCGUCGCCAAACCCCACACGGCCCGACAACAACCGGUGAACGGCUUUCUGGAGGAACAAGAGAGAAGAAGAAGAAGCAAGCGAUCUAUCAACCGAGGCUUUCCUGACAUGAGCAGAAUGAAGGGCGGGCUGCUCUUGUCUCCCGUUCUUUUGCUUCUCGUCCUUCUUCCCCCGUCGCUCAGGAUCUUCCAUCUCGUGGCGGCUGACCGGAUUUUAGCCGCCCAUACAGCUGGAGAUACAUUUGGGCGCAGUUCUCAUGAACCGAAAUUCAAGAUUGCAUUUCAUUCUUUGGAGUUUCCUUUCCAGCCGGAUGAAAACCAGGAAUCCAUGGUAAUGUCAUAUCAGAAUGGGACAAAGUAUAAUUGUUUCUUGCCCAAAGUUGAGGAGAAGAAAGAUGUACAUUCUGUUUCUCAGCAAAAUAGCAGCACCAUGAUUAUGGAAGCUGACAGACGUCUCAAGUUAAAGACACCAGACGAAAUACUUGAUAAACUCAAAGAUCAGUGCUUACUUAGACAAGAAGGUUGGUGGUCGUACGAACUAUGCUACCACCAGAGCUUGAGACAAAUUCAUACAGAGGAGAGGAAGGUUGUGCAAGAAUUUGUCUUGGGCAAGUACAAUGAAGAGGCAACUGCUGCUUUCAACAGAAACAACUCAGAUGCAUCCAUCUUAAAAGAUCCUCGUUCAAAAGAUGCUGCUCACAGGUAUCACGCUCAUGUAUACACGAAUGGAACAGAAUGCGAUCUCACUAAUCAGCCUCGAGAGACAGAGGUACGAUUUGUGUGCUCGGAGUCACCCGAAGUAAUGAUCAGUUCAAUUAAAGAAACUUCAACUUGCAAGUAUGCCGUGACUGUUCAAGUCCCAUUGCUUUGCAAACAUCCGAUGUUUCAGCAAGAGAGAUCAGUAUGGCACACUAUCAACUGUAAUGAAAUGCCCCAAGACGACCGAGACACAGUCGAACAUGCUGAGAACGGUACAAUGGAUGCAUUGCUUGCCUUGGCUACAGAGAUUCCUGUACACUCUGAAACUUGACAGUUAUGAUGUGUAAUUCAAAAGUACCCUUCCAAGUUUUAGUUUCAAGCUUUUUUGCAAGAGCUGCCAUCUCGUUCAAUCGAAUCAAGCAGUGCCAUGUACUCGCUUAUGGCUUCUCCUUCUUGUAUGACUUCAACAUCAAGUUCAGACAAUGGAUCUGCACUGACCCCUA